AUUUUAGCUGUGUAAUAGAGAUAAGCGAUAUGACGUUGAACACUGUGAUAUAACACCAAUAUUUAGAUAUAUAAUUAGACUAAUGUGAUAAGUACUCUCAGUGUAGUAGCGUCAACCAUGGCGAACCCAAGCCUGAAUAUCACUAUGUCGGAAGACAACAUAAUCACUACCCCCGACGUAGCCAUAAAACCAACACAAAGCAUGGGUUGGUUCAUGUUCACGAACAUGAAGAAACACAAAGACAACAUCGCCCAGAUAGAUGCCAAAACAGGCCAAAAAGACACAUUCGGACAACUUCUACAACGCUCCAUCCGAACAGCCCUACACAUGUCGGAUAGAAAAAUUUCUCGAGGUGACGUGAUCACCCUGUGUACCAGAAACCACCUAAACGCGGCAGUACCAUACAUAGCCACCCAAUUUGUAGGGGCAGUCAUAGGUUCCAUCGAUCCUUCAUUCUCAGAACAAGAAAUGAACCAUCUGUUGAACACAAUUCGAUCCAAGAUGAUCUUUGCAAUACCAGAAUCAGUACCAGUCCUCGAAAAAGUACUACAGGAAAUUUCGCUUGACGCAGAAAUUGUUGUUUUUGGCCAGAGCGACAAACACACCGAGUUUUCCGAUUUUCUCAAACCUCAUGUGGGUGAAGAAGGGUACGAACCUGUCAAAAUUGACAAUCUUAAAGAUACUGCGGUUAUACACUUCAGUAGUGGUACCACAGGCUUACCAAAAGGGAUAUGCAUAAGUCACUACACUUUUAUUGGACAAAUGAUCAACUCCAGGUUUAUUGAUACUCCAAACGAUACCUAUGUGAAAAAUGUCACGAAAGAUAUUUCUUUACCUUUGACGCACCUCGGGUACACGUCCCUCUACUGGGUAUCAGCUGGUGCUAUGCUCAUAGGUUCUACAAUUACCGGUCACUGCAGACUAGUCUGCGAAACCUUCGACGGACCAGAAUUCUGGAACUACAUCCAAAAAUAUAAACCUUGUUUUGUGAUGUUGACACCAGUUCAAGCCAUUGAAGCCCUUGCAAACGUUCGAAAAGACGUCGAUGUUCAAUGCGUUUUGAACUUCACGGUGAUCGGUUCCAGUAUUUCGAAGGAGUACUUAUUCAAAGUACUGGAAACGUUUCCUAAUGCACAUUUGGGUGCAGGCUAUGGGCAAACCGAGGUUUGUGGCCCUCUCACCAUGUUGGUUCCAAACGAUAAACACCACGCAGUACUACGUGCAAACCCCGACAAAAUCGAAACCGCUGGUGUCCCGGUUCGAGGAACCUCCUACAAGGUUGUGGACACCGACACCGAGAAAACCGUUGGUUUCAACCAACCCGGCGAACUUCGAGUAAAAUCCACUUUCGUCAUGAAUGGGUACUACAACAAGGAUUGUUCGGAUACUUUCGACGAAGACGGGUGGUUGAAGACUGGCGAUAUUGUCUACUACGACGAAGAUUUUUGCUUCUAUGUGGUGGACAGGAUUAAGGAGGCUUUCAAGUACCAGGGGUGGUUUAUCGCGCCCACGGUGCUUGAAAAUGAGUUGAUGAAUCAUCCUGCCGUGAAAAUAGCGGUGGUUGUUGGGAUUCCCAAGGACGAUGGUCACCAUCCUAUGGGUUUGGUGGUGCUAAAGGACGGUUUUAGAGUUAGGGAGGAGGAAAUCGAGAAGUUUGUUGAGGAAAGGGUGUCAGAGAGGCAGCGACUGCGGGCUGGGGUUAAAUUUAUUGAGUCGGUGCCUUUGACGGUUACGGGGAAAGUGAUGAGGCGGAAAUUGAAGCAAAUGGUGUUAGAAGGAAAAAUAUGACUGUUCAAAUACAAGGAGAUUUCCAGCUUUUCACAUUUUUUAUGAUAUAACAAUAGUUUUAGUUGUAAAUAUACGUAGUAGAAUCUUGGGUAAAUAUUUGCCUCCAUCAGUAACCCAUAUGUAAAUUACGAAUGUUUGUGGCAGAUUCUGUGGAACCAAAUUACUGUACACUGUUUCUUAAGAGACUAUUUGAAUGCGA